UACCCCAUUCUCAUCACACUACCAACCUAUGGAUUCAUCAUCAUCCUCACUGUUCACUUCACUCUUUCUCAGUGACUGCAGCCAGUGACUAAACUCCAUUCUCCACCCACUUCACUUUGCAAAAUCUGAACUAGAAUCCAUUUAGAAUAAGCCGGAAAUGGAAAGGGCUCUGGUAGCUUGGGUGAUUUUGGUGAUUUCCACCAUUGUUUACUUCCAUUCCUCUCUUGCUCUCUCACAAGAUGGUGUCACAUUGUUGGAAAUCAAAAGCAGUUUGAAUGACACAAGGAAUUUUCUCAGUAACUGGCAACAUUCUAAUAUCAAGUCCUAUUGUAGAUGGACUGGUAUCACCUGUUAUCCCGAGAAAGAACAGCGAGUUCGCUCAAUAAAUCUGCCUUACAUGCAACUUGGUGGAAUCAUAUCUCCCAGCAUAGGCAAACUCAGUCGAUUGCGGAGAUUGGCACUUCAUCAGAACGGUUUACAUGAUAUUAUUCCUAAUGAGAUUACCAAUUGUACUGAGCUAAGAGCAUUGUACUUGAGAGCCAAUUAUUUUCAAGGAGGAAUCCCGCCAGAUAUUGGAAACCUAUUGCAUUUAAAAAUAUUGGAUUUAUCAAGCAACUCAUUAAAGGGUGCAAUACCUUCUUCUAUUGGACAGCUCACACAUUUGCAACUUUUGAACUUGUCGACGAAUUUCUUUUCUGGUGAAAUCCCUGACGAGGGAGUACUAGGAGCCUUUGGGAAAAACGUGUUUAUUGGCAAUUUAGAUCUUUGUGGACGGCAAGUUAAAAAACCAUGUCACACAACACUUGGUUUCCCUGUGGUGCUACCACAUGCUGAGAAUGAUGAAUCGGAAGUAACUACCAAAAGAAUAUCACAUUAUGUGAAGUGGGUGUUAAUCGGUGCAAUAUCAACAAUGGGCAUUGCACUUGCCUUAGUACUUCUGUUACUCUGGAUUUGUUUGCCGUCGAAGAAGGAAAGAACUGCUAGGCAAUACACAGAAGUGAACAAACAAGUCAAUCCAGAAUCAAAUACAAAGGGUGGUACAAUACUAAUUACUUUCCAUGGUGAUCUGCCAUAUCCAUCAUCUGAGAUCAUAGAGAAACUGGAGUCACUUGAUGAAGAGGAUGUGGUAGGGUCUGGAGGAUUUGGUACUGUUUACCGCAUGGUGAUGAAUGAUUGUGGUACAUUUGCUGUUAAGCGGCUUGAUAGAGGUCGGGAAGGGUCAGAUCAAGGAUUUGAAAGGGAACUAGAAAUCUUAGGUAGUAUCAAGCACAUCAAUUUGGUAAACCUUCGUGGUUAUUGCAGGCUUCCUUCUACAAAGCUCCUUAUCUAUGAUUAUUUGGCACUGGGAAGCUUGGAUUGUCUCUUGCAUGGAAACAGUGAGCAUUUUAUGAAUUGGCACACUCGCCUAAAGAUAGCCCUUGGUUCUGCCCGGGGUUUGGCUUACUUGCAUCAUGACUGCUCCCCCAAAAUCGUGCAUCGAGACGUUAAAUCUAGCAACAUCCUUCUUGAUGAAAACAUGGAGCCUCAUGUCUCUGAUUUUGGACUUGCAAAGCUUUUGGUUGAUGAUGACUCCCAUGUUACUACAGUUGUUGCUGGCACAUUCGGCUAUUUGGCGCCAGAAUAUCUACAAAGUGGGAGAGCAACUGAGAAGUCAGAUGUAUAUAGCUUUGGAGUUCUAUUGCUAGAACUGGUAACUGGAAAGAGACCAACAGAUCCUUCCUUCCUGAAGAGAGGGCAAAAUGUUGUUGGUUGGAUGAACACAGUCCAAAAAGAAAACAGAUUCAAAGAAGUGUUAGACAAAAGAUGCACCGAUGCAGAUUGGGAGUCUGUCGAAGUGAUCAUUGAACUGGCAGCAAGAUGCACGGAUGCAAAUGCAGACGACCGUCCUAUGAUGAACGAAGUGGUACAGUUGCUGGAGCAAGAGGUUAUGUCUCCUUGUUCAAGUGGUUUAUAUGAGUCACAAAUAAAUCAUUAUUGAAUGGCUCAAUCAGAUCAGGAUGCUAACAAUGCUGUGUAUAUUAUUCUCCUAGACUUUGUAGUAAAUGACAAAUGAGCAAUAUGACUUUUA